GGAACUCUCCUCAAAGUUUACAUUCACGAAAGCAUUCCAGUGUCGACUAUAAAUAAAAGCACCUGUUUGUUUGAUUGUUUAUCUUGAUUCUGGCUUUAGAGAGACAUAGAUCAAUGGCAGUUAUGGACUGGAAGGUUAAGCAGGCAAUCGUCCAAAACAACAUGGAUGCCCUUAGGAAUAUAGUCGAACAAGAUGAACACGUGCUUGAACGAAGAAUCGAUAACACUACAGUGUUACACCUGGCUUCAAAAAGUGGAAAUGCUGAAAUGGUGUCGCUUAUUCUGGAGCUGAAGCCAGAAAUGGUGGCUGCUGAGAACAGUAACUUGGAGACUCCACUUCAUGAAGCGUGUCGCAAGGGUCUAGAGAAGGUGGUCACAUUGCUUAUGGAGAAGAACCAGUGGGUAGCUAGCAAGCUUAACCGAGAGAACCAAAGUGCCCUGUAUUUGGCUUGUAGUUACGGGCAUCUUAACAUUGUCGAUAUCCUCUUGAGUCACACCGGUUGGUUGUUGGACAUCGUUGAUGAAGCAGCCAGUUUCCAUGUCGCUGUGUCAAAAGGUCGAGCAGAUAUUGCUCAAAAGUUGCUUGAAAAGGGCACGGAUCUGACAAAUCAAAAAGACACAAAUGGAUCAUUGGCAUUGCAUUGUGCUUGUAGAAUAGGGGGAUUGGAGAUCUCUAAAAUGCUAUUAAGAAUCAACCAUGACCAAGCUUUGCAAUUCGAUAAUAACGGCUACACGCCAUUGCAUUUAGCUGCCAUAAAUGGAAAUGUUGCGAUCUUACAGGAGUUUGCAUCCAUAGAUCCUUUCUUCUUCCAACUUCUAUCGAAGCAUGGAGAGAAUGUGCUCCAUCUAACCUUAAGAUUCAAAAAGUUUGAUGCCUUCAAAUUUGUAUUUGGUAUCCUCAAGGGCACAUACCUGUUUUUCCAACCUGACAGAUUCGGUAAUACCAUUCAACAUCUUGCUCAAAUGCAAGGUUUUCAGCAGUUUGAAGAAUUCUUAAUUAGUGAAACAAAAGAGCUAACGAAUCUUCAGAAGGUUGCUUGGAAUAACGCAGAAACAACUCAUCUAGAAGUUGAAACACAUUCAAUUGCAUCUAGAAAUAAGAAGAUAAAGAUCUUAUUAAAAGAGAAACGCAAAUUGCAUAGAGAGGCACUACAAAAUGCAAGAAAUACAAUCACAAUAGUUGCAGUUUUGAUAGCAACUGUUGCUUUCACAGCCGGUAUAAACCCUCCUGGUGGGGUCUACCAAGACGGACCUCUGAUAGGCAAGUCAAUUAUGGGACGAAAACGAGCAUUCAAGAUCUUUGCUAUUAGUAAUCACAUUGCUCUGUUUGUAUCCAUGUGGAUCAUUGUAGUCUUAGUCAGCAUUAUUCCUUUAAAAAAGAAGACACAAAAGUUGAUACUAGCAACAGCUCACAAGAUGAUAUGGGUCGCUAUAUCAUUCAUGGCCGUUUCAUAUAUCGCUGCUACAUGGGUGAUUAUGCGAUUGCAUCAUGAAAGACAUAGAAUAACCUGGACUUUUGAAGCUUUGUUGUCAAUUUGUGCGGGUACCCUUGGACUCACUUUCUUUGCUUUAGGAGUUAUGUUUAUUAGACACCAACUAGAGAAGCGCAGAUGGAGAAAAAAACGCUCAACCUCUUCAAAUUCAGACGUCAAAGGUUAUCAAAAGAGAGGUUGGUAUCCUAUUUGACCUCCCUAACCAAUAGGUAUGCAUAGCAUAGUAAAAAGUGUAUUACAACGCAAGUUUCAUGUUUCAACUAUUUUAGCAUUUUGUUUACAGUUUGUCAUGUAUAAGAAUAAUGUUUUUUACCAUACAGGUUUGGCUUACAAUAAUAUUUAA